AUGGAGCUGCAGAAUUGUGUUGCUUAUUGCCAAUUUUGCAUUGGUCCAUGUGUGCUCCUUGCCCGACUUGAAGGUAGAAGUUCCUUGAAAGAAAUCGAACCAAAUCUGUUUGCUGAUGAAGACUCACCAGUGCAUGGUGAUGUUGUUGAGUUUCGUGGUCCUGAAGGAACAGGAAAAUCAGAAAGGCUGUAUCACUUAACAGACCGAUGUGUGCUUCCAAAAUCAGAGGGUGGACUGGAAAUAGAAGUCUUGUGUAUUGGCACCGAUUACCCCUUUGACCUGCUUCGGCUCGUGACAGUUCUGGAGCCCAGGCUGUCGCGGAGCUCCGAAGAAGCGAAGCUCUGCCUGGCGAGGCUGUGCCCGGUGCGCUAGAGUAGUCACCCCGCGCUCUGCCCGAUGCUGGACAGCCUGUGGGCUUUCCACUGCAUAGACCGCGUCAAGGGAGGGGAAAGUGUGGCCCUGCAGGAGGCUACUCUGAAGGAAUGUUCUCAGCUCCUGGGGAAACUUGUGGACAAGUACCGCCUGGUUCUGUUCGCGACAACGCAAAGCCUGAUGCAGAAAGCCUCACACCCGCCCGCAGGGCCUUCUCCCUCCACGCCCCCGUGCGAUCCCGAUGUGCACUACAGACCCUAUCUCUGUACGGCCGGGCAAGGAAUGGUAAAACACAGACUAUUUUUCUCCAAAGAAGAUGAUUCUCAAAGGAGCAGUCGAUUCUCAUUAGUGUCCCGUCAAAACAAAAGUAGCAAUAUAAAAAAACACUUUUUUAUUAUCAGAGAAAGUGGGGUUGAAUUUUGUUGA